AGAUACCUAAUCCAGUCUUUGUGGCUCAGCUGGUUAGAGCGUUGGUCUCAUACUUCUCCGUAUGACUCGAUUCUAAAAAAAUUGGGAUAUCCAAAGGUCGUAUUGGCCAUACUUUUUUUUCAUCAUUUUUGUACAAAUGCGUACUAUGUAGAGCUUCCGCUACUGUGCUACCUAUCGAGGUACCUUAGAAGUUAUAGGUUGUUGCCUGUGCAGAUUUUUGGAUGAACGUGCUUUACUGUUGGCUGUUGGCUCCAUGCAGGUGUUGAAAGGUUAGGUACGUACCUGGUACUUAGGUACAAUACCAUAGCUGACCUCAGCUCGAGCCUCAAGGGUCCAAAUCCGCUAAACGGAAUUAGUUCCGUCCACCCCUCAAAAUUUUUGAAUUUUGAAAAGAAAAUUAAUUUGCGCCCCACGUCGUGAUCUCGAAAAACAGCAUCCCGAGGCCGACUACCUAUUUAAAAAGAAAAUAAAUAAAUAAAUAAACCAUGCCGAAGGCGACCACACCAACUUCUGUUCGCCAAGGGCGGCGACACAACCCCUUAGAAGAUGACCUCGUCGCUACGGGUCCCUUGCGCGCAAAGGCUCCCAAGAGGAAAUCCAAAAGCGGCGACGACGAUGACGACGAGCAGGAACACUAUAUAGAUUCUAAGGCGUCCAGAAAAAUUUUGAAGAUCGGCAGAGAAUUAGCCGAAGAGAUUGAUGUCGCGCCUCCGCGACCGCCAAAAGAGAAUAAUGCCUUCGGAUUCGACUCUCGGUUUGACGACGAGGACGAAGAUAACGAGGCGUUCGAAGAGGAGGAAGUCUGGGGUGAUGACGAUGAGAUAGUAGAGGAGAUCGAGAUUGAACCUGAGGACUUAGACACCUUCAACAAAUUCUUACCGACGGAUGAAGAUCCUUUAUUAACACAGGGCUGGGGAGGCCAAGCAUCUGCGCAGCAGCAGGGCGGUGGGGCCAACCUCGCCGAUCUGAUCCUCGCGAGGAUCGCGGAACAUGAAGCUGGGCAAGACAGAGGACAGGAACUGGGACCUGCGGAUGCCGAUUUCGAGGUCCCGCCAAAGGUCGUAGAGGUGUAUACUAAGAUCGGUCUGAUAUUGUCGCGAUACAAGUCCGGCCAGCUACCCAAGCCGUUCAAGAUCCUGCCGACGGUCCCUCACUGGGAAGACAUCAUCGAAUACACGAAGCCCGACCAAUGGACCCCGAACGCGUGCUACCAAGCCACGAGGAUAUUCAUUUCCAGCAAGCCGAUCGUGGUUCGACGAUUCAUGGAGAUGAUCCUCCUCGAGCGCGUGCGGGACGAUAUCCACGAGACGAAGAAGCUGAACGUGCAUCUGUUCAACGCCCUGAAGAAAGCCCUCUACAAGCCCGCCGCGUGGUUCAAGGGCUUCCUCUUCCCCCUCGUGGAGAGCGGCACCUGCACCCUGCGAGAAGCGACUAUCAUAUCCGCUGUGUUGGCUAGGGUUUCCAUACCCGUUUUACAUUCCGGCGCAGCUAUCAAGGGCCUCUGCGAUAUCGCGGCGCGGGAAGCGUCCGCCGGAACGGAGGGCGGAGGGGCUACGAACGUGUUCAUCAAGACCCUCCUCGAGAAGAAGUACGCUCUUCCCUACCAGGUCAUCGACUCCCUCGUAUUCCACUUCCUGCGCUUCCGCAGCGUGGAUCCCGCGUCUAUCAGGGAAGGCGCUCCGAUGGACAUCGGCAGCGAGCGGGCCGCUAUGCAAGUCAAGCUCCCGGUGAUCUGGCACCAGUGCCUACUCGCCUUUGCGCAGCGGUACCGCAACGAGAUCACGGAGGACCAGCGAGAGGCUCUCCUCGAUCUCUUACUCACCCACGGGCACCACAAGAUCGGGCCCGAGAUCCGGAGGGAACUGUUAGCAGGACGUGGCCGAGGCGUUCCAAUCGAGCAGCCGGGUCCGGCGUUUGAUGGCGAUGACACGAUGGUCAUCGAUGGGUAAGGGGGAAAAAAAUCAAAAUCAAAAUCAAAAUCAAAAUCAAAAUCAAAAUCAGGAUGAUCUUUGAGGGGGAGGCUAGUCAGUCAAAUCGUGCUAGACGUGAUACCAACGAAGAAGAAGAAGAUACGGAUUAGGCAUUUUUUGGUGUUAUAGGCGUUUUUCUGCCGGGCUCCGUAUGGCCUGUAUAGGAAUUCAUUUACGAUUUCAAGUCUUCACUGUUCGCUCACUUUGGUUUUGCCUCGUGUUUGUCAUAUACAUAUGUGAUAGUGGUACCUACCUAUGUACCUGAUCUGCUAUAACGAUAGGAAGAUGGUAUUUAUAAAUAGAUGCACAACAACACUUAUUGCAGUCGGUUCGAUUUUUUUUUUUUUCUAUCAUAUGAAAUUUUGAUAUCUAACAUACACACUACUACUGGCCUAAUAAGAUGCGUCUGUACCUAAACUAUCGAACAAAAGUCAAGCUAAACGCAGCCUUAGGCACCACCUAAUACAUAUUCAACUUGAGCUCCGCUAUUGUUCCUGUAUACAGAUAAGUGU